AUGCGAGAUUACACAAAACCAGACAAAUGUCAUGCAAGUAUACAUGCAGCAUUAGGUGAUCCUAAAGGUUUACUAUGGCAUCUUCAGCAAGGAUCUAGUGUAGAAGGUGAGUAUAAUUUCAUGGACCUAAAAAAAGAAAAACUAGUAAUCAUCACGUCCAAAUAUUGUCCAAGGAGGAACAUCAACAAGAUGUUUGAAUGUUUGAAAUAUUGUAAUGCGGAUUUUCAUGGAACUUCAGUCAAAGAAGGUAAAACUGCUUUACAUAUGUUAUCUGAAAACAUCAAAUUAAUGAAGAAGCCUACUAAAGAUAGUAUUGCAAGCAAAUAUGUUGUUUGGGCAAUUGAUGUUUUGGUAAGGUUGGGAUGUGAUGUCAAUGCACUGGAUAACAAAUCAAGAACAGUGUUGUCUUAUUAUUUGGAAGAAAACUAUGAACAUGAUCUCAAAAUACCAAUAAUAGAUAGAUGCCUUAUUGAAAAAUAA